AUGUUUUUGAACAUUUGUCAGCAGUUGUGUCGGAUCGAGGCUAUUUUCUUUCGCCUCCUUCCUCUUCUGCCAUGCCCAUCGCAUCUUUCUUGUCUCGAACACCCACGAUAUCAGCGUUUUGAUCAUCCACAGCCUUACGCCCUUCUAACAGUCAUAGGGAUAUCCUAUUUUCUCCUUCGACAACUCUGUUCACUUUUGGUUUCUGCCGGACUGAUAUUCUAUCCGAAUAUUCAUAAGAAAGGUGAAUAA